AUGAAAGGUAGGGGAGAAAGCUUUCUGUCGUCACGAGUGCAGGUUCUGGCGAGGACAAGUCAGAUCUGGAACCUCUGGAGUUCAUAUUCUCUCUUUUUUUCUCUCUUCUCUAUUCUCUCUUUUCUUAGUGUUGAAGCUAGGCCAAGGGCAUUCUUUGUGUUUGGAGAUUCACUUGUUGAUAAUGGAAACAACAACUAUUUGUUUACAACUGCUCGUGCUGAUUCACCUCCUUAUGGUAUUGAUUUUCCAACUCGCACACCAACUGGUCGUUUCUCUAAUGGCUACAACAUUCCUGAUUUCAUCAGUAUGAGACUUGGUGCCGAAUCUACAUUGCCAUACUUGAGUCCGGAAUUUAAAGGAGAGAAGCUCCUAGUUGGUGCCAAUUUUGCUUCAGCUGGAGUUGGAAUCCUUAAUGAUACUGGAGUUCAGUUUUUGAACAUAACAAGAAUGUACAGACAGCUAGAGUAUUUCGAAGAGUAUCAAAGGCGAUUAAGUGCACUAAUCGGAAUUUCAAAGACAAAAAGAUUGGUGAAACGUGCAUUGAUACUCAUAACUGUGGGUGGCAAUGAUUUUGUCAACAACUACUAUCUAGUUUCUCCUUCAGCAAGGUCUCGUCAGUAUCGAUUACCCCAGUAUGUCAAGCUUCUCAUCUUUGAGUACCGAAAGAUUUUGAAGAAACUAUAUGAUAUGGGAGGAAGGAGAGUAAUUGUGACAGGGACGGGUCCCCUGGGUUGUGCUCCGGCUGAAAUGGCAAUGAGAAGCAGAGAUGGUGAAUGCUCACGUGAGCUCCAAAGAGCUGCUUCACUCUACAACCCUCUACUUCAACGCAUGCUUACAAACCUCAAUAACAGACUUCGCAGACACGUUUUUAUUGCUGCUAACACUGCACUAAUGCACAAUGACUUCAUCAGUAAUCCAACUGCAUUUGGAUUCACAACAUCAAAAGUAGCUUGUUGUGGGCAAGGACCUUACAAUGGACUUGGUGUGUGUUCACCAAGCUCCAACUUGUGCCCUGACCGAAGUACGUUUGUAUUUUGGGAUCCAUUUCAUCCAACUGAAAGGGCUAAUAGAAUUAUUGUCGAAAGAAUCAUGUCAGGUUCUACAAUAUACAUGAACCCAAUGAACCUCAGCACCAUUUUGGAAUUAGAUGCUACCACAUGA